GUCAAAUAACUGCAACCAGAUACAGAUACAAUAUUAUUAUCGUCAUGAAUAGUGAUACUACUACUGUUGACCCCCUCGACCUCCCCAUCUGCACCACCUGCGGUACCCAGUUCUCAACUCCCACGCCGCCAAGUCCAUGUCCCAUUUGCGAUGAUCCCCGUCAAUAUCUCCCUCCAACUGGACAAGACUACACAACCCUCCGCGCCCUUCGCGCCCCCACCCACGAACCACCCCUAAAGAACAUCCUCGCCCCUCUAAACCCCAACUCCACCACCAACACCAGCAAUAAAAUCUACACCCUCCACACCACCCCCAAACACUGCAUCGGCCAACGCGCCUUCCUCCUCCUCACUCCCCGUGGCAACAUCCUCUGGGACUGCAUCCCCUACCUCGACACCGACACCAUCUCCAGCAUCAACGCCCUAGGCGGUAUCUCCGCAAUCAUCAUCUCCCAUCCGCACUACUACGCCACGCACUUAGUCUGGGCGGAGGCGUUUAACUGUCCGGUGUAUUUGUCCGGGGAGGAUAGGGAGUGGGUUAUGCGGGUUGACACAUCCAGUAAUACUAAUAUUGCCGAUGGCAGUAAGGAUAAAGGUAAUGGUGGCAGUGUUAAUGCAAGGCAAAUCUUCUGGGACGGUCAAGAGGUAGAAGUCCUCCCCGGCAGCGGGGUGAUAGGAGUCAAAACAGGUGGUCAUUUCCCCGGCAGUUCGGUGCUGUGGUGGAAGGAUGAAAAGGUGUUGUUUUUGGCGGAUACUAUUGGGACGAUUCCUAGUGGGGUUGGGGAUUAUGGCGACAGAGGGAGGAGGGAGGGCACGGCGUCGUAUACGUUUAUGUGGAGUUAUCCGAAUAUGAUACCCCUGCCGCCGGAUGAUGUGCAUGGUAUUUGGAAGGCUCUUAAACAUACGGAGUUUGAUCGGGCGUAUGGGGCGUUCAUGGGAAUGGAUACGGUUGGGGAUUGCAAGAAACGGGUGUUGGAUAGUGCGAAGAUCUUUGUUCGGGCUAUGGGGUAUUUGGAUCAUGCGAUUCAUGAGGAGGAAUGUGCAUGAUUGAUUGAUUGGAUUACAUAUUUGCAUUACACAGUACAUACUGCAUGGUCUUUUUUGGCGCUCCUGCAUCUGCAUCUGCAUCUGCACCUGCACCUGCAUCUUCUGCUCCAGAUAGCUUCAUCGAUG